GCCCUUCCCAACUGCGUAAGCCCGCGGAACGUGGAGGUCGGAGCUGGAAUUUUGUGGAUCUACUGCGCCCGCAGCGCGAGACCAUGGGCGCUCAGCUGAGCGGCGGCGAGGGCGCCGCGGAGCCGGCGCAGCCCCAACCGCAGCCCCAGCCCGCGGCGCCCGAGGGCCCUCAGCGACCCCGGCCCGAGCCCGGCCCUUGGGGACCGCUGGAUGACGUGCGCUUCCUCAUCGCUUGCACCUCUUGGUACUGACUCUCCGCCUUCAGACCCUCUGAGUCGCCGUUCACCGCCUGCCGUUCUGUUCGCUUCGCCUGGUCCAGCCAUUGUCUUCAGCCCCCACGGCCCGGUGUCUCCCCUCACGUAUUCCCCCCUCAUUCCCGCUCCCCAGCCCAGCCGGCGCCCCAGAGACGGCAGUGAGUCGAGGAGGUCACGGAGAGGGGGUCCAUGGGCCACCAUCUGGUCUCCGGCGCCUCCUGCCACCCUGAAUUUGUUUGCGUCCCAUCCGGUACCAAAGCCACCUCAGACCUUCGGGCUCACCCCCACCACACAACUCCAGCCGUCUGGAUCCUGGGUCAGCCUUUCCUGUCACUGACUUCCAGAACCGAGCCAGGGCUCUUGGUAAGACCCUAAGGCUACUCACCUCACCUCACCUUAUCUCACCUGACCUCACCUGUCCCUUACUGUUGAAAACUGGGCUCUUGCUUUUGUUCCUGGUCAUUGCACCGUGUGCCUUGACUCCAGAGAAGACAUUACCGCAGUGACCCUUCCUGCUCUCCUCCUGGGGGAGGUUGCGCCUCCACCCUGGAUCCCAAUGAGACACUAUCGGGCUGUAUUCCUGGGACUCCAGUAACUCUGGGCUCUCGAGUUAGGCUUUUGGAGGAAGGGGACGUCUGAUUGCUGGGCUGGCAGAUGAGAUGAAUGGGACAGUUCCUGGACACCUUAAAGGACCCUGUUUCUCAUCUCCCAGAAGUUUCAAAGCCACUCCCAGAACCUGAUCCUCUUUCCCACGUUCAAGAGAAAUGACACACUCUGUAUUUUUGUUUUAUUUAUAAAUGAUUUAAAAAACAUUAUACAAAGGCUGAUCAGUUUAAAAUGUGACUGACAUUGAAAUGCUGUGAUGUUCCCCAGGCCGAGGGGAAGCUAGGCUCUGGGACCCCCAGUACUUUUCGCCUCUGUCUGCUCUGUCCUGGGGUGAUGGACAAACAGAUGACCACAAGACAAUGCAGGAGAAUCCUAGAUUGGAAACCUCCAGGCUGAGUCCUCUCUGGGCCUAGCCUUACAUCCCUCACAUCUGCAGCCUGGGCUGCCUGCCUCCAUCUCCUGCUCUUUCUCACCUGACCUUGGUAGUACCAGGAGCCAACGGGGAGCCUGGGGGGCCUAGAGCUUUCAAGAAGUGAGAGCACCAACCUGAGGAGUGGAAAGGGACUGGGACUAGGAGAAGGGAGACCAGGAAGAGAUGGAUAAAAGAGACACUUCUGAUCUCAUCUUGGACCCUAGAGGGGUCCACAGGUGGGGUCCCAAGGCCCAGCCAGCCCACUGGGCAGCCUGGGCAUAUAACAACCUCUCUGUGCUUCAUUUGAGGGCAGGGUGAGAAUUACCCUCAGCUUCCCAGGGCCUACGCUAGUUUCAUGUGAGUGGACAGGUGUGAGCUAAUAAAGUGCUUUGCAAAGUAUAAAACACUGUACAAA